GUAGGCUGCGAAAUUGUUCAAUCCCACGAGACCGGAUAUAUGAAUCGAUUCGACGAAAGUUAGCGGAAUUUUGUGCUAAAUGGAGUACAGUGUAGCGAACAAUUCCCAGCCUUCGGUUUGGUCAGCAGCGUUCAGUCGCAUCGGUGUACUUGAAGUAGUCGGAAGCAUAAUGGCGGUGGGCGAUGCCUUGGCCACUAUCGGACUGACGUUGUUGUUACCGCCCUUUUUACUUGUGUUAGCGAUCGUCCUCGUUUUGGCGAGUGCCGGUAAAUCCCUCGGAUUACGGCAGAAGUACGUGCAGUUCCUCCUGAAGGUCUUCGAGGAUGGCAACAGGAUUCUAGUUAAAAAGUUUGGUCGCCAACGCUUAGCCCAGUCUUCGAAUAGCCAUGGUAGUACUUCCCAGGAUUCGGACGAUGAGGAGGAGGAAGUCCACACAGCAAAAGUGAUAUGUCGUGAUAAGCUCAUUCUCCGGCCUCUGCUUGAUAAGGACAAUAAUGAAAGAUUGGAUACUCAUGACUUUGAACUGGGAGAUUGCCUGGAUUACAUCCGAACUGGAAUGGAAGCUAUUGUGGAUGAUGAAGUAACUAAAAGAUUUUCUGCAGAGGAGUUAACAUCUUGGAACUUUCUCACCCGUACAAACUGCAGAUACGAGUUCAUAUCAACACGGCUGACAAUAUUUUGGGUUGUUGGAUUCAUAUUACGAUAUUUUGUUCUUCUGCCUCUGAGGAUGGUAAUUCUUGUUAUAGGGAUGGUUGUCAUCGUAGUGUGUACGUAUAUUGUGGGUUGCCUUCCUGAGAGCAAAAUGAAGAAAAAGCUAAACAGUUCUGUGUCAGUCUUUUGCUUUGACUUCCUCAGCGGGGCACUGUCUUUGGUGUGCACCUACCACAAUAAAGAGAAUAUCCCACGUAGGGGCAUUUGUGUAGCCAACCACACGACUCCUAUUGACGUGCUAGUUCUCGCCUGUGACAAUACGUAUGAUAUGGUGGGCCAACGACAUGGAGGAUUUUUAGGGAUAUUCCAGAGAGCGCUAUCGCGUGCUUCAGCUCAUAUAUGGUUUGAGCGAUCUGAAGCUAAGGAUAGAUUUGCUGUUGCCAAAAGAUUACGGGAGCAUGUGGAGGAUCCAGAUAAACUUCCUAUUCUUAUCUUCCCAGAAGGAACAUGCAUUAACAACACAAGUGUCAUGCAGUUUAAAAAGGGUACUUUUGAAGUGGGGGGUAUUAUUUAUCCAGUAGCUAUUAAGUAUGAUCCAAGGUUUGGUGAUGCUUUUUGGAAUUCUUCCAAAGAGUCAAUGAUUUCCUAUAUAUACAUGAUGAUGACUUCCUGGGCCAUAGUUUGUGAUGUCUGGUAUCUUCCUCCAAUGACAAUGAGAAAAAAUGAAACUUCUAUAGAAUUUGCAAAUCGUGUAAAAGCAGAAAUUGCUCGUCAGGGUGGUCUUGUUGACCUAGUCUGGGAUGGUGGUUUGAAAAGGAGUGCUCCAAAGAAGGAAUGGAAAGAACAGUACCAGCAGGAAUUUUCAAGACGCCUGAAAGUUCAAAAUGUCGACACUGAAAAGAAGGAAGAAAAGACUGAAUGACUAGAGGCUAAAUGAGGAGAGAAGCUGGAACUAAAUAUCUCCUCAUUUGGAUUAUUCAUAACUGUCUAAGGAACUUGAAGAGGACUGUCAUUGUAAUAUUUUGUACAAGUGAUAAUGGAUUUCAGCCAUUAUAACCACUGAGGAAACCAGUACCGUGUAGUUGAUCGUUACAAUUUAAUAUAUAUGCAGUAUAUUUUGUGAGACAGUGUGGGGGCAUGUUAGUUCCAAAAAGAUAGGCAAUGUUUAUUUUUUUAAGUAUUUUUUUUUUAUUUCUUCUUAUACAGUGUAUUAUAAAACAUGCCUGUUGAUUCAGAGUACUGUAUACUGAUUGUUCAGUGAAACUGUAAUACUCCAUUAUAUUUAAGGUGAUUUUUUUUGGAUCAACAACAUUGUAGUAAGAAUGAUGUGGAUUGCUUUAUAUGCACUGCUGUAAGUAUAAUUUUCAUGACAUCAUUUCAUUAGUCUAGAAUGAACCAUUCUUUGAUUGACAUUAAUAUACUGUACAUUAUGUAGUCAGUGUGAUGAUAUAGCAGAAUUAGUGCACAAUGUACGUAUCAUGUAGUCAUUUGUAGGUCGACAUAGUGUACUAGACUGAAUUUUCCAUGAAUUUUUGUAAAUGUGCUGGGGAGCAGAAACAAGCUUGUAUAUUUUUAUUAUUUGAACUUGGGGAGAAUGUAAUUUAAAUAACCGCAAACUGUACCAAUUUAGACUGCAUACAUGGGUGUAUUUUUAAAUAUGACUGUGAUAUUUACUAAUUAAAGUUAAUGAGAGUUUGUAGAA